AUGCGCUCAAUGCGAUGGCAAGGAGCAAGGUCCUCUCCAACGGGAUGGACAUUUGAGAAAGGACUCCCCGGGGAGAAGUGGACCGUGCGGUUGGCUGUUUCCUUCAACACUGGACUCAAGCACGACCCCAGUCCAAAAGAGCCUGACCACACCCCGUCCUUUGCCGACCAAAGCGUUGUGCUGCAGUGGCGUGAAGAGCGUGAGUGUCUUGUCAGUGGCGAGCGGGAGGAGAGUGAACGCAGGCGCGCGUUCUUCGCCGCUUCAGCGCCCCGUCCGGACUCCUCUAAGGACGAGGAGUCUGAGAUUGACUGGGCCCCCCUCGACAUUCCACCUGUGCCCGCGGAGUGGGGUGACUGCGAGGACGGAGAGGUGUCGGAGGUCGGCUCUCUCCUCACGCUGGACGAGGUGGUGUCCAACCCGGAGCCGGACCGCUUCCCGCUGGACCACAUGCCUGGGCUCUACGCCACGGCGGCGGCCAUCAUGGAUGCCCCCCUGCCACCGCAACCGAACCAGAGGGUGGAGGACUUCACCUCUGGCCAUGUUGCUGACCACUGGGGCAUCCCCAAAAAUAGCUCAGCCCACGUGUCUUACAAAGACGAACAUGUCUCCGAGAUCCUUUCUUCCAAGUUCCAUUUUUCAAGACACUGUCCUCGCAACACGGAGAGUGCAGAGUGUGGCUGGUGGGUCAGCUCCACAAGACGUUUGACGGAGGCACAGGCUCCGUGCAACACGAGCAGAUGA